UUGCGUACUCAUUUAAAUAGACAUGUGGCACCAAACUAAGGUCAGUUUCCUCAAAGUACUUCCUUAUCCAUCGCUAAGCAGACCUCAACUUCAUAUUCACAUCAGCAGCUGUGAGAUGACAAUGGAGAACAUGAAUGUUUCCAACAGUUCUCAUGUUGGCCAUACUUCAGUGGGUAUGUUAGUGUCCAGCUCCAUUUUGGGAAUGUGCUGUGUGCUGGGUGUACCGGGUAAUGUAGCAGUGUUGGUAAUGCUUGCCAGAAAUUUAAAGGAGGGCAGCAUCACUCCAAAACUGAUGAUGAGUCUGGCCGUCUCUGAUCUGCUGAGUCUGAUUUCACUGCCUGUGUGGAUCUACUCUCUACUAUACGGCUGGAUUUUUGGCCACGGUCUGUGCAAGUUCUUGUCCUAUUUAGUGUACUGGAGUUUGUACAGUAGCGUGCUUUGCAUCACCUUGAUGAGCGUGCAGAGAUACAUACAGGUGCUGUAUCCACAGCGAUGGGCUAAGCUUGGAAGAAGUGGACAUAAUGGGCUCAUUUGUGGGAUUUGGACAUUAGGUAGCCUUUUUGCUUCCUAUGCUCUUGUUUACCGAACGGUUAAAAAGACUGCUGAGAACCUUGUACUCUGCUCUCCGUCUUUUAGAGACAAUCAAGAAAAAAUUGCUAUCUUACUUUUAGAGACUGUUGUGUUAUUCUUUGUGCCUUUCUUAAGCCUUCUUUGCUUCUACCUACGACUUUAUCAAAGGAUACGUCAAUCAUCUUUCAGCAUUAACAAGUUCUCAAAAAUGGUGGUCAGAAUUAUUGUGACUUUUUUUAUUUUCAGCACCCCAUGCAUGAUUAUCAAUGUAGUUCAAAUGGCAGUGACUAAGGAAUUAGAAGAUGGCAUAAAUGUACUUGGGGCUCUUUUCUUUAUCAACAGUUGCGUGAACCCCUUCCUUUAUGCCUUUCCAGCUGGAACGCCACCAUGCAGAACGAGACAGCAUUCUUCAGACCAGGCACAUACAGGCACAACAGAAUAAAACUAUAUAUUGUCAGUGCAGCUAGCCACAAUGCACCAAUGUUUAGUCUGUAAAAUGAGGAUCUGUUUUUAAUCAUAUUUGACUAUAAGGCUAUACUGCUUGAUUAUUAUAAGAAGGCUCAAGAGUAUUGUGUUACCACUUUUUAAUGUCUAUUCUAACAAAAGUACUUGUUGUAUAAAUGUCCUCAAGUCAAUAUCAAAUGUAUCACAUUGUGUGUAUUUUCCUCGUAUGUCUUUGUGUACUUGUUUCAUUUCAUCAGAAUAUUAGAAUGAAUAGCUAAGUAUGGUAAGGAUGGGAAAGAUAAACAGUAACUGCUUGUUUACAGAAGUCUGACUCUUUAAAAAUUGAAGGUUGUAGAACGACCUUUUCAGAUUCUCUUAAACAAGCAGGGGAACUUUGCUAUUUUCAAGGCAGUUUACCAUUGUUUAACUGUUAUCCUGUUUUGCAUUUGUUUUUAACCGUUUAAAAAAUGAUAAUGUUGUUAAUCUUUCUCCAGUUGUAACUCUCUAUUUGUUAAUAAUAGGCUAACUAAUAACAAAGCAUUUGUAGGUCGCUUUGCAUAAAAGCAUAGCACUCUUUGCAUAAAAGAACAGCACUCUUGCUCUACUGACCUUAGCUCUUAAAAGCAGUGACAUAAUAAAAAUAAAUUCUUAUUUUAAAGUAAAUAUAGCAGCAGUGAUAUAUUGUACAGUAUUAUCCAAAGCUGUUUCACUUAGUUUUAAAUCACUAAAUUAAAGGCAAUUUUUCUUAGUGGAUAUAUUAAAGUCUUAUAUUUAUUCAACAACACGUGGUGGGACCCCAACUCUACCUACAGAACUGUAUGAUUUUUAUUAUUUAUCAUAUUUUGUCAUUUAGGCUAA